AUGUCACUCAAAGACGACCUUGCUUACGCCUCCUCAGAUGGAGAAGGGGAGGAGAACCGGAAGCCACCACCCAUGAGCCAAGCCCGACAAUUCUUCAUUCCUACACCAAAAUCCAGCUUCAACAAGAACAGCACUGGUGACUCAAAGCAGAGCAAACGCAAGUUCACAGAGGCUUUUGGAGACACCUCGUUCUCUGACAUUGUCUUCAACACUCUGACCACAAAGAAGAAGGCCAAGCCCACUCUGGUUGCUCCAUCCACGGACAAUUCCUGGAAACACAACGCUGAAAAGAACAAAAACAAGGCAAAGAAGGCUCCAGUUGUCCUGAGGAAGACAAAGGUGGAGACUGUCAAGGAACACAACAGCAGCGACGAUGACGAUGAAGUGCAGAUUGUGGCACCCCCAAGAACUAUGUCAAAAAGGAGUCUCCGGUAA